GUCUAUCUUCACUCUGUAGAGAACUUCACGAGCUGGAAGCCUUGCUGUGUUUAUAUUCUGCUUAAAUGAAAUAAUUACGCUUUAUUCUAAUAAAUUUGAUCAAAAUACUGAAUUUUUAUCUAUACAACUAUUUGGAUAACUAAUCAUCAGUUUAAUUAUUGGUACAGUAAUUUUACAAAUAACUAAUUAAAAGAUGGAAGGAGGUUAUACAUUCACCAAAAAAAACACACUUGUAUACGAGUGGAAAAUUCACAAUAUAACUUCACUAAUGGAAUAUAAAGAAGAUCAAACUCCGGUGACUCUAACAUCUACAAAUUUUUCUAUAAGAGCUAAAAUUGAGAACCAGUGGAACAUCGACUUAUAUUUAAAUAAUGGAAACCCAAUUGGUGAAGGUAAAGACAAAGAUGCCUUGUCGGUAUAUGUAUGGAAUUUAGAAGAAAAUAGCGUGAAAGCUUUUGUAACAAUAUACAUUCUGAAUAAUAAACAAGAAAAAUCUAAUAUUUGGCAAUUUGGUGAGCACUUGUUUGAAGACGGCAAAUCUUGGGGUUACAAUGACUUCGUGAAGAAAGAAAGACUAUUGGAUAAAAAAUAUGAACUAAUUCCAAAUGAUAUUCUAACAGUUUGUACUGAAAUCACAGUUGUUGAUGAAAAUAUUCAAAUUCCUGUUAAAGGUUCCUAUCACUACUCUAAUUAUCAACUGGUAGAAGAUUUUAAAGAACUCUACAAGACUAGAGCCUUCAGCGAUAUGGUUAUCAAUGUCGGAGAAGAAAAGCUUCAGGCUCACAGAAUUAUUCUCAUGACAAGGAGUCCAGUCCUGGCUUCUAUGUUUAAUCAGGAGAUGUCGGAGAAGAAAGUUAAUGAAGUUGUGAUAGCUGAUAUUUCUUCAGAUACAUUUGAAAAAUUAUUGGAGUAUAUAUAUACCGAUGAAGUAUCUGAUUUGGAGGAAGACGCUGCGGAAUUGUUGGAAGCGGCUGACAAAUAUCAGCUGGCUUCGCUUAAAAAGAGAUGUGAAGAGUCGCUCUGCGAGUCCUUAAAUCCUGAGAACGCCCUUAAGAUGCUGGACUUAGCAGAUCGCUUUAGUGCUCCAUACCUGAUGGAGUAUGUCACUAAAUGUAUCACUGCUGAUGCUGCGAAAAUUGUAGAGAGCGAAGAAUUCAAGGAGUAUGAAAAGUCUAAUUCAUCUUUGGGGUUGAGAUUGUUUAAGGAACUUGCAGUUGCUAGGACUUUUUGUGAAGCUGGGAUAAGAUAUUCGACACUUUAAAGCUAAAGGAGAAAAAGGAAGUUAAUCAUUUUUUAACUUGAUUAUUUAUUAUAAAAUUUAACCAAGGAAAUAUUUAUUUAAGUCUGUUUCAUCAUGUACUGUUUAAAUGUUAAUAUUAUUAUUUAAAUAAUA